AUGGAUCCAUGGGUCAGCAGCCAGCCUUCGCUGAGCCUUGACCUGCACGUCGGCCUCCCGCCGAUGGGGCACCCGCACAGCCACCACCAGGCGGCGCCGAUGGUCGCGCUGGCCAAGCCCAAGGUCCUCGUCGAGGAGAACUUCAUGCAGCUCAAGAAGGACCCUGAGGUUGCGGUUCUUGAGUCGGAGCUACAGCGGGUCAGCGAGGAGAACCGGCGGCUGGGCGAGAUGCUCAGGGAGGUGGCCUCCAAGUACGAGACCCUGCAGGGCCAGUUCACCGACAUGGUCACGGCCGGCGCCCACGCCGGCGGCAAUAACCACUACAACAACCAGCCGUCCUCCGCGUCGGAGGGCGGGUCGGUGUCGCCGUCGAGGAAGCGCAAGAGCGAGGAGAGCAACGGCACGCCACCGCCGUCGCACCAGCAUCAGCAGCAGCACUACGCCGGCGGCCUCGCGUACGCGGCGGCGCCGGACCAGGCGGAGUGCACGUCCGGCGAGCCGUGCAAGCGCAUCCGGGAGGAGUGCAAACCCGUCAUCUCCAAGCGCUACGUCCACGCCGACCCCGCCGACCUCAGCCUGGUGGUGAAGGACGGGUACCAAUGGCGCAAGUACGGGCAGAAGGUGACCAAGGACAACCCCUGCCCCAGAGCCUACUUCCGGUGCUCCUUCGCCCCCGGCUGCCCCGUCAAGAAGAAGGUGCAGAGGAGCGCCGAGGACAAGACCAUACUCGUGGCGACGUACGAGGGCGAGCACAACCACAGCCAGCCCCCGUCGUCGCAGCCGCAGCAGCAGAACGACGGCUCCGGCGCGGGCAAGAACGCCGGGAAGCCACCCCAGGCGCCGGCCACGCCUCACCACCCGCAGCAGCAUCAGCAGCAGCACAAGCAGGAAGCGCCAGCGGUAGCCGUCAGCGGCGAGUCCGCCGCCGCGGAAUCCGAGAUGAUCCGUCGGAACCUGGCGGAGCAGAUGGCCAUGACGCUGACGAGGGACCCCAGCUUCAAGGCGGCGCUCGUCACCGCCCUCUCCGGCCGGAUCCUCGAGCUAUCGCCGACCAGGGACAUAAAUUAA